UGGCUAGUUUAAGCGUUAGCGUGGUCACGUGUGAUGUAGACAUGCUACAUGCAGGCACAUGCAGUAAGUAGAAAAAAACGAAUCAAUCACGAACAAAGGAACAACCAAUGUUCAUGGUGGUUUAAUGUUCAUUGCCCUAAUUCUUUUACUACAUUAUUGUGGUCGUUAGUUGAAAACACAAAAUCAUUGCUGCAAUGUUGACUUCUGUACAACGAACCGUAAUUGAAGCUAAUCCUAUAAAUUACCCUUUUGGCAAUACCCGGAGUAAAAAUGUGUUGCAAGACUUCAAUUGUGAAGCAGGUGGUUUUAACCUAUGCAGUUCAUCCUUGAAGGUUCUCUUUCUGGGUAGUGGUGACCUGAGAAACACUCUUCAGAUUGCAGAAGACGAAAGUUUCAAUCACAUGCAAAUCCAUUUAAAUGACCUGAAUCCAUCAGUGGUAGCUCGCAACAUCACAAUUUUGAAAAUAAUAUCAGCACCUGAUUUCAAUCCAGAAGAUGAUGAAGACAUAGCUUUCCUUUGGGAUGUUUGGUAUAAUCUUGAAUGGCCAAAAGUCAGCCGUAACAGAUUUCAAGGAGUUUUGAAGGACCUGUUGAACGGUGUGUUCCCUGAAAAUGUCUCAGUUCCAAAAACUAGUCAGUCUGAAAUGUUAAAGAAAGUGUGGGGUUCUUGGCUUUCUGUUUUGUCAAAAACUGAAUCUGAAGCUAGAGUUUUAAUGGAAAAAGUUGGCUUAGAAAGGAAGAUGUCUAUUUCUAAACACUGGCAGCUGUUGCAUCGAAAAGAAUUGGAAAACGCGAAAAACUGCGAUUCCUUUUCGAUGGCCAUUGAUGAUCUAGCUUCUAACUUGGAAAGAAGUAUUGGACUUGGAGGGUUGGACGAUUCGUCGAUGCAGAAUAUCCAUGAAGAGGCUAAGCAAUAUUUUGAAACAGGUAGCUGUCGACUUGAAAACGAUAUCAAGAUCGUUUGUCUUAAUCCAACAUUGCUUGACCACGCAACACUCCGCUGGACACUCCAUUAUUCCCUGUGUCCAUUUGACGGAUACAUGCCGCUCCUGAAAGAAGAACUGGUCACUUUAAUGAAAAACAAGAUGAUGAUACGUUCCUGCCAGAAAAUUCUCAAAAACCUUUUGUCUUGCUAUCGAAAACGCCUCAUCGACAGGAAAACCUUUGAAUUGUUCUUCUAUUUGGAGGAUGCCCUGGAGUUCUGCUAUUCUGAAAACGUCAACAAGUUCGACGUUAUUGACUGCUCCAACAUGGCAGAUCAUGUUGGGUUAGCGAAUUUGAUCCUGGCUUGCAGCGGAAAGUUGUCCGAUCACCCAUCAGCAAUGUUGUUCACCGACACAUUAAGAUGGUUCGAAUUUCAAUCUGUCAAGUUUUACCUCGAGAAAGUCCUUUGUUGCCCGUUGAGCAUGAUCCCAACUAUUUAUGGAUUGCGUCUCAAAAGCCGCAUCGAACUUGGAUUGCCCGAAUAUGUUGACUUGCGAUGUCCAACGUCUCUCCCUGUUGAGGUUUGCUGGCAAAAAGCACCUCCCUUUCGUAACGUUGUCAUGUCAGCCUCUCCUGCACUGAGCGAGUUCCUGAAACAGCUAGCGAACGUUUGCUUUGAUGCAAAGUUUCCUUUACGAAUCACUGGUGUCCCUCCCGGAGCCGGAUGUGGCAUGUUGCUGUAUACCCCGCAAACGUUCAGCUACGUAGUGAACUCGAUGAUUCAACGGCUUGGAGGAGACCAUUGGCUGAAGAAUGAUGUCAGGCCGGCUGAGAUGAACCCCAAUUUUCAACUCGCUAGACGAACACUUGAAGCUUGGAAAAAUGGCCAGAAGAUUCUUAAGUUAUCCGCAAACAUGCCUACUGCGUCCUGUGCCAAAAUGGCUUCUCUAUCAGGAAUUCCAAGCAUUCGAUUGAUACUCCUUCCGAAAGCGAAGCAAGGGAACUGUUCCGACUUUUCUGGACCAGGUGUCCAUUUCAUCGACAACUUUGAAGUGAAACUGGAAAACUUCUCAACCGGAUUUGAAGACGCAUCAAUUUCCUUUCUCCUGAUUCCUCAUCACGGGCUCGAAAAAACUCAUCGUGCUAUCCUCGUGGAUAUACUGGAUGGAUCGGAAUUUGUCGUCUUUGAGUCGUUUGAAUCAGUGCAGGUCGAGGAUUGGAGUAUACCUUAUCCCUUUAUUCCUUCGAAAAUCCAACUGGAAGUUCCUGCUCCUGAAGAAUUUCACAUGAAAGUCUACAGUUGCGUCGAGUCCGAAGAUCAGUUCCAUCUGAAAAUAAAAGUUAUUUCACCCGAAAAUGCCGCAGGAAUAGUAUUAUUCAUAAAUUUUCCGGCGCCUUGUGAAUCCAGCCACGAAAUUAGAGUUCUCCGGAUGCAGCAGCAGAAAAAUUACGAGCCGUUGUCGCUGUCAUUUCCGUAUCCGAUCAUUCUCGAAAACAUCCGCCUUAUCCUUGAUCCCACAUGCCGCCAUGUUGAAUUAGUGGUAAAGAAAGCAUUAUGGGAACUAUGGCCGUGUGAGUACAGACGUGCUGACGAUUUGUACAACGUCAUAGAUCCAGAUCAAUUAAAACCUUGGAAAGAAGAAAAAUCACUCCAACGGUCCUUGAAAACUCACAUUAGUAGCCAGUUCAACAUUAAUCAUCUGGCGAACACUUCCCUAAUGAAAAAAUCCCCUUUGAAUGUUGUUCGACGCGUUAUGAAAGCUCUGUUUUUGGAUCCCGCUCGUCCUCGUUAUGUCACCAUCCAACGGAUGAAUGCACCAGAACCCGACUGGUUCUUUCUAGUUCAUCGUCCUGUUUCAACAACUCCGACGGGCAGACCAUUCCUAUUGCUUUCGGCUAUUGAUUUCCGAUUGGCAGAAAAACUUGUUAAAGGCGGCAAAUGGAGCGAGGAAAAGAAUGCAGAGGAUUUGAAGCGAGUUUUCCCUGGAGGCAAGGAAAUAAUGACCAUUCCGAUUAAAACGACUGAAGAUUCGAAGCUUUUAAAAUUCGUCUUGCGGCUCAACAGUUCCAAGAUCAAACCCAGCACUUGGCAGAAAAAAAACCUUACGUUGGGAGAAGACAGUCCGUGGAUGGCUACAUUCGUCUCACCACUUUACAGCGAUAACCCACAUUUGGAUGUUGAAUCUGCUGAUUCUUCAAGCAGAUCCAUGAGUGACAACAACUGUUGCGCCGCUUGCAAGAAAGUUUCUCAAAGUCCAAAACGCUGCAGCCGUUGCCGAAGCUCUGUUUAUUGUAGCGUGGAAUGCCAACAUCAACACUGGGCUCAGCAUAAAAUGGUUUGCAAGAAAGUUUAAUUAGAUUCAAUGGAUAUGGACUGUUCAACAUUUAUAUUUUCGUUAGGCUUUCGCUCAAGCCUGUUUAGUUUUUUUCCCCAAAAAAACUAAGAACUAUUUUUCAUGCUUUUGUAUGUUUUUAAUCUAAUGUAUAACCAAGUAAUUUUUUUUUGUGUGUUUUCAAAUACAGAAAAGAAAAGCA